AUGCACACGAUUCAGCAAACUUAUUUUAUCUCACAUUUGGAGCAAAAAGUAGCUGGUUUUACCAAAAAUUCCGUCAAAUGUAUUAUAAGCAACAAAAAACUUGGAAAAACAGAAGGCGAACUACAUAGCAUCGAAAAGGGUGAUCAACCAUUACAAACGUUGCACAUCGAUCAUAUAGAUCUAAUGGAUGCUACAUUAAAGAAGUAUAAAUACAUCUUCUCCGUUAUCGAUGGCUUCACUAAAUAUGUGUGGCUAUUCCCUAGUAAAACAACGUCAGCCGAUGAAGUUAUAAGCAAAUCGUCGGAGUGGUCAGAUAUGUUUGGCUAUCCACACCGCAUCAUAAGUGAUAGAGGUCCAGCGUUUCAGUCGAAAGCGUUUGAGGACUUUUGUAAUGAGUUUGGCAUAAAUCACGUACUAUCAACUACGGGCCUACCAAGAGGCAACGGCCAAAUCGAAAGGGCUAAUCGAAUAAUCCUUUCGGUUUUGAUGAAGCUAUUGAUAGACGAUUCAUCAAAUUCGUAUAAGCACGUUAGCUAG